AUAUAUCUUGUUGGUCCUCAUACUUUUGCAGCAGAUCAUUAGGAUUUGAACAAAGAUCAUCAUGUAUAGGUUAGCUGUAAUUUCGUUGGUAUUAGCCAGUGCUUCGGCGCAUGUUACUUAUCAAACUAUGAUACCAAACGGUGAUAAAGUACCAGACCCUUGCGGUAAUGGAGUAUGGCUGGCUGUUGGUCAUUACGACCCUUUACAUCAUACUCAUGACAAAAAUAGAUUUGGAUUGGACUUUGCUGCCGCUGGUCACAAAUGGACAGUUGCUUUAUGUCAAAAGGACAGCGACAAUGACGGCAAAUCUAACGGAGAAGAAUUAGGAGACCCAACCUGUGUCUGGACUAUGGGUGCAACGCCUACACGGUCAGCAAGCAGUCAUCCAGGCAUAUGUAACCCUGUUGGAUCCUGUAUUGGGCAGUCAUUUACCUGUGGAUGUCACGGACAUAACUGUGUCGGAAAAUAAAUCGAUUGUGUAUUAUUCUCCAUUCCAUUUAUUGUUAAACGUUGAUUAUAAAACAAAUAAA